CUGCCUCUGUUUGGGGCUCCUGUGCGUUGGGCUAGGUUGGGAGGGAAGGAGCAGGAGAAGCACUUGGGGAUGCUGGGAGGGGCAGCAGGGCUAUGGCUGCACCCAGGGCCAAAACAGAGAGACCUCUCAUCCCCUCCCCCCAUGGCAGUGCUGGGAACUCUGGCUGUGACCUACGUGGAUGCCAUCCAGAGCGGGGCCGUGCCGUGCCUGGAGAGCGUGGUGACGGCCCUGGCGGAGCUGCACAACUCAGCGGCGGUGCGGGAAGCUGCGGUUCUGUACCAGGAGCUGAUGGAGCAGCAGGCAGAGCUGCCCAUGGCACGAGCAGUGCCAGAGGGAGACACUGCAGCUCUUUGCAGAACGGGUGAUCACGGCCGACGUCGAGCGCUUCCGUGCGGAGCUUCUGCUGCAGGUGGAGGCAGCCAGGCUGCAGUUCUGCAGCCGCAAUGAAGAGGCGUCCCAUGAGAAGUGCACGGCUGCACUGCAGGAGCUCCGCAGUGAGAUGGAGCAACGCAUCGGUGACGGUGUCUACUUCGUGCCGGGGGAUCACUGGCUGUUCCUUGGGGACCAGCAGGCGCUGGUGGAGCAGUACCGGGCAUUGCCGGGCAAAGGGGUGAAGGCAGAUGCUGUGCUGCAGGAGUUCCUUCGGAAUGUGGAGCCUUUCGCCAGGAGCAUCUGCAGCACAGACCGUGCCCUGAUGGAGAAGGAUGAGUGGAUCAAACAUCUGCAAGCCCAGAACAAGAAGGCUGAGCAGGAGAGGGAGGCUGAGAGGGAGAGGGAGGCGGAAAGACUGCGGCAGAUGGAGGAUCGGAUUCGUGGAUAUGAGCAGGCUGAGCAGGAGUGGGAGGCUGAGAGGGAGAGGGUGGCAGAAGAACUGCAGAGGAUGGAGGACCGGGUUCGCCGCUCUGAUGAGCUCGCCGCUCUGAGAACGAGUCUGUGGCUGGAUGUGGGGAAGAAGGAAUCUUAUUCCGAGAUAUGGAGCAGCACAGCAUGUGUGCAGAUACGCAUCAGCAGCUGAGGGGUCCCAAGCAGGUUUAUUUCUUAUCUACAGGGUGUGCACUCCUGAGGUGGCUCCCAGGAGCAGCAGAGCAGAAGAUCUCUUCUAGAACAGAUAUGGGAAUGGCUGCGUUCACUACUUUCUAAGUUUUUUCUUUUAUUUAAUGUGGAUAUAAAUUAGUUAGAUUGCAUAUGAGUUAAAUGAUUCUAAACAUGCAAAUAUUGAUGGUUCCCAUGAUGAUGUCACUGCCAACAAAUGCUUUUGUGGUUUUGUAAUUGGGAAGAAAUGGUGUUUUGUGGGAGGAUGUAAGUGUUGGUGGAUGCGUCAAACUUCUGAUCAUCUACUCGAGGAAUUGCUGUUCAUCUUCUCGGGGAAUCGCUCUCCUUCCUUUGCUCAAGGACUGCACAACAGUAGCUUUGAAAAGAGUGACCUUCGUGUUUCUGUACACUUUGCAUUUCUUUAGAGUCGUGCUUUGCUUCUGAAAAUGCUAGGUUAAAAAAAAAAUAAAAAAAGAUG